AUACUUUUAAAUAUAAAAACCGCGAACUGGUGCCUUUUAUAAACAAAAAGGUCAAACACUUAGAGAACUCUUGAUAAAGAAUACUAUAUAAAACAUCGGGCAAAGUGUUGACUGUAGUUAAUUUGAACAUGGUGUUGAAAAUUACUUGCCUCAUACUCGCAGUGGCCGCAACUGUGCAGGGCCUUCCUCAUCUCGGCUUGGGUGUUGGCGCUGGUGUUGAUCUAGGCGGACAUGAGCAUGGGCACGGACCCGACUAUGGAAACGCUGAUGCCGAAGCUGGUUUGGGCGCUAAUCUUGAUCUUGGCGGGCAUGGCUACGACAACAGCGACACUAAAGCUGAUACAGUAGAUGAAAUCACUUGGCGUGAUGGCGCUAAAGCCGGUAAUGGUGUACAUGAACGAGUAUACACUAGAAUUGGCAGGGAUACACGAAACGCUGUUGAUCAUGAUCUUGUACACGGAAAAACUAGAAGCAGUGUCGAAGCAGAAGGAACCAGUUCAGGCUUAAAAGGCUUCGGUCAAGGUGGCUUUGGAAACUAUGGAGGAUUUGAUAGUUUUAGACACGGCGGUUCUGAUUUCGAUAGCUUUGCACAUGGUAACUCCGGAUUCAGUAGCUUUGGAAAUCACAACCCCGGAUUUGGUAGCUUUGGGAACUACGAUUCUAGGUUCGGAAACUUUGGAAAUCUUGACCCCGGAUUUGGUAGCUUUGGGAAUCACGAUUCUGGAUUCGGAAGCUUUGGAAAUCGUGACCCUGGAUUUGGUAGCUUUGGGAAUCACGACUCUAGAUUCGAUAGUUUUGGGCAUGACUCCAUUUUCGAUCACCGCGACUCUGGAUUUGGUAGCUUUGGUAACUCUGGAUCCAGUAGUUUUGGACAUAAUAGCUCUGGAUCAGGUACUACCAGGAAAGACGAUUCCAGUUCCACAAAUCAUGACAAUGUCGGUUCUAGUUUACCAGAUCCUGAUAUAGAUGAAGCUAAACUUGAAGAACAUGUUGAAAAUAUGGCUAAGGAUUUGGGAAGUAUCGGUGCAGCUAUUGGCGAAGGCCUAGUUACCAACAUUGUGGCCGGCUUCAAGAGACAUUGAUCGAGAAGACAAUAACUCUAAUCCCAAUAUUACAGUGCCUCUCAUCUGCAUAAUUACAUUACACAUAUUGUUUUAACUUUAAUUCCUUUUUAAUUUAAUAAAAAUUCUUUAUAAGUACCCAUUUUCUUUUCUGUGUAUCGUUUACUAGAUGCUUUUUCUUUAUAUUUUGAAAUUGUAGUUAGGUAAUUAAGAUUUUAUUAGGUUUUAUUCAUAAAAAAAUUCAUUCAUUUAAUUAGAAUUUUUCCUAUAUUUAACUCGAGCUUUUUUUCACUUAAGCUUUUUUUAUUAAUUUGACUUCAAUUAAUAAUUUGACAUCUUAGUUGACAUUUGUCAUAUCUAUUCUAUAAAAAAUUUGACCUUAAAUUAAGUUAAAGAAAAUAAUCAAUAAGCUCCUCUUGGGAUAAUCUAAGACUGGGAUAAUCGAAUGGAGCGUCAAAUUAAUGGGAAGGUCAAGCUCCCAAAAUGCUUAGAUUAAGACCACUAUAUAAUUACAUCAGUGAAUAGACCAUUGGUUAUUUACACAAUGGCGUUGAAGGUGAUUUGCAUGGUACUACUAGCUGUGGCUGUCGCAGUACAGGCCCGUCCUCUUGGAAGUGAUGAAGUCGGUGCGGUGGUCGAUGCAAAAGACAGCCCCGGAUCUCUUACUGAAAGCGUUGGUUACGGUACUAAAUUUGGAAAAUCAGGGUUAGAUGAUCAUGGAUUCGGAAACUUAGGGGAUGACAAAGUUGUUCAGAAUUUUGGAAAACUGGGCCCUGGCUUUGGACGAGGUGGUCCUGGUUUCGCAAGCAAUGAUGCCGUUGACCCCAAGGAACACAUCAUAGGGGAAACCGACAUCUGAUAAUUAUUCUUCUGUCAUGCCCAAAUUAAAAUUAAUAUGUAAUAAAUGGUUUUUAGUGAAAUAAAUAUUUCAAAAUAAA